UCUCCCUCUCCCUCUUCUCCCCCAGCUGCUCCUGUCUGUCCUGCUCUCAGUUCCAGUCCAGAGCUAUGGGACCCGUGGCUGUCCUGCUGGCUCUGAGCUGUGUGACCCUGGUUCAAGGGGAUCCACUCUACAUCCUGCUUACUCCCAAUCUUAUGAAAGUGGAAACUGAGGAGCAGCUGGUCCUGGAGGCUCAUGGGGCAGCAGGUGACUUACCUGUUGAGGUCGCCAUCCACGACUUCCCUCAGAAGAAGCAAGUCCUUUAUUCAGAGAAAAUCACACUGAACAAUGCCAAUAAUUACCUGAGCACCAUGACAGUGAAGAUCCCAGCCCAGAACUUUCAGAACAAGGGCCAGCUCCUCAAAGGGCAUCAGUUCAUCAACAUCGUGGCCAAGUUUAACAACGAGAAGGUAGAGAAGGUAGUGAUGGUGACUUUCCACAGCGGCUACCUGUUCAUCCAGACGGACAAAACCAUCUACACACCUGGCUCCACAGUUCUGUACCGGAUCUUCACCGUGGGCCACAAGCUUCAGCCUCUGGCCAAAACUCUGACUGUCAGCAUCCAGACUCCAGAUGAUGUCAUUAUCAAGAAGGACCCACUGUCCUCUCAGAACAAGAAUGGUAUACUGAGCCAGUCCUGGAACAUUCCUGAGCUUGUCACCCUGGGCCAGUGGAAAAUCAUUGCCUAUUAUGAUGACUCCCCCCAUAAAACCUUCUCUGCUGAAUUUGAAGUGAAGGAGUAUGUGCUGCCAAGCUUUGAGGUAAAGCUUUACCCAGAGGAAAAAUUCUUCUACAUCGACAAUCAUGAUGGUCUGAGCGUCUCCAUCACAGCCAGGUUCCUGUAUGGAAAGAUGGUAGAUGGCAUUGCCUUUGCCAUCUUUGGAGUCCUGGAUGAAGGAAAUAAGCGUAGCAUUCCCGAAUCCCUCAGCAGAGUCGUGAUUGAGGAUGGCAAUGGAGAGGUCACUCUGUCCCGGAAUGUUCUGCUCAAACAGUUCCCAGACCAAAACCUGGUGGGAAAGUCUUUGUACGUGUCAGUCACAGUUUUACUGGAGACUGGGAGUGACAUGGUUGAGGCUGAAUUCACUGGGAUCCCGAUCGUGACAUCUCCUUACCAAAUCCACUUCACCAAGACUCCCAAGUACUUCAAGCCAGCUAUGCCUUUUGAUCUCACGGUUUUUGUGACUAAUCCUGAUGGAUCCCCAGCCCCUCAUAUUCCCGUGAUGGCUCCAGACUUCCAGGUUCGGUCUUUGACUCAAGGAGAUGGUCUGGCCAAGUUGAGAAUCAACACACCCAAUAAAGUUGGUCCUUUGAAUGUCAGAGUGAGGACAGAGAAGGAGGGCCUUCCAGUGGAUCGCCAGGCAUCCCAGCAGAUGGUCGCUCAGCCCUAUCAAACCAUAGCUGGCUCCAACAAUUACCUGCACUUGUCUGUGCCCUCAGUAGAACUCAAGGUCGGCGAUAACCUGAACAUCAACUUUCACCUGCGAACAGAUGGACCCAAUGUGAACCAGCAAAUUGGUUACUUCACCUAUGUGAUCAUGAACAAGGGGAUGGUGCUGAAGGCGGGGCGCCAGCUGCGGCAGGCGGGCCAGGAUGUGGUGGUGCUCUCCCUGCCCCUCACAGCUGACUACAUCCCCUCUUUCCGAGUGAUAGCCUAUUACCAUCUGACUCGGAAUGGCCAGAAGGAGCUGGUGGCCGACUCUGUUUGGGUGGAUGUCAAGGACACCUGCGUGGGCAAGUUGGUGGUGAAAGGAACAGGAGAAACACACCAGCCUGGGAAACAGGCCACACUGAAGAUUGAGGGUGAUGCUGGAGCCCGCGUGGGGCUUGUGGCUGUGGACAAGGGGGUGUUUGUUCUGAACAAGAAGAAUAAAUUGACCCAGACCAAGAUCUGGGACACAGUAGAGAACGGAGACAUUGGCUGUACUCCGGGUGGCGGAAAGAACUAUGCUGGGGUCUUCAUGGAUGCUGGGCUUUCUCUCAAGACCAAUAAGCAGCUUCAGACCGAAGCUCGGGCUGACCCUGAGUGCAGUAAGCCGGCCAAGCGGAAACGCCGCUCUGUUCAGCUCUUGGAGAUAAGGAACGACAAAGCCGGCCAAUACAAGGACAAAAACUUGAGGACUUGCUGUGAGGAUGGCAUGAAUGUGAACCCCAUGGGCUACUCCUGUGAAAGGAGGGCAAAGUACAUUUUAGAAAAUCAGGCGUGCAUCGAUGCCUUCCUGGACUGCUGCAACUACUUCAGCAAGAUUCGUCUGGAGAAACAGAGAGCCAACAUCCUGAACCUGUCCCGAAGUGAACUUGAUGAGGAUAUUGUGCCCGAAGAAGACAUCAUCUCCAGAAGCCAGUUCCCAGAGAGCUGGCUGUGGACUGUGGAGCGGCUGACUGAGAAGCCAGACAAGAAUGGAAUCUCUACAAAGUCCCUCAAUGUGUUCCUUAAAGACUCCAUCACAACCUGGGAGAUUCUGGCUGUAAGCUUGUCAGACACCAAAGGGAUCUGCGUGGCUGACCCAUAUGAGAUCACUGUGAUGCAGGACUUCUUCAUUGACCUUCGCCUGCCUUACUCUGUGGUACGCAAUGAGCAGGUGGAGAUCCGAGCCGUGCUCUACAACUACAGACAGGUGGAUUCUCUAAAGGUGCGCGUGGAGCUGCUGUACAACCCCACUAUCUGCAGCGCUGCCACCUCCAAGAAGCGCUACCAACAGAUAGUGAACAUCCCGCCCAAGUCUUCUUUAGCCGUACCUUUUGUCAUCGUACCUCUGAAAAUCGGCAACCACGACAUUGAGGUGAAGGCUGCUGUCUACAACCACUUCAUCAGCGAUGGGGUCAAAAAGAAAUUGAAGGUCGUGCCAGAAGGGAUGAAAGUGACAAAGUCUUUGGUCACCCGAACCCUGGACCCAGUGAAAUUUGGCCACAAUGGUGAGCAGAGGGAAGAUAUUCCUGCAGCAGACCUCAGUGACAUUGUUCCAGGCACAGAGUCAGAAACUAGCAUCCAAUUUCAAGGAACACCUGUGGCCCAGAUGGUAGAGGAUGCCAUAGAUGGGGACAAACUGAAGCACCUGAUUGUGACGCCAUCGGGCUGUGGCGAGCAGAACAUGAUCGGAAUGACUCCCACGGUGAUCGCUGUCCACUAUCUGGAUGCCACAGAACAGUGGGAAAAAUUUGGGGUGGAAAAGCGACUGGAGGCCUUAGAGCUUAUCAAAAAGGGGUACACACAAGAGCUGGCCUUUAAGAAGGCAGAUUUCUCCUACGCUGCCUUCAUAAACCGACCAUCCAGCACAUGGCUCACAGCCUUCGUUGUGAAGGUAUUCUCUAUGGCCACCAACCUCAUUGCCAUCGAUGCCCAAGUCCUUUGUAGUGCCGUCAAAUGGCUCAUCUUGGAAAAGCAAAGACCAUAUGGAAUGUUCCAGGAGGAUGGCCCAGUCAUCCACCAGGAAAUGAUUGGUGGCUUCAGGGGUGGGGAGGCCGAUGUCUCACUCACAGCCUUCGUGCUCAUCGCUCUGCAUGAGGCAAAAGACAUCUGUGGGGCUCAAGUCAACAGCCUGGAAGGUAGUAUCACCAAAGCAGGAGACUACCUGGCCGGCAAAUACCAGGCCCUGAAACGUCCCUACACCUUGGCCAUGGCUGGCUACGCCCUGAGCCUGCUGGAGAGGCUGGACGAGGAAAAAGUUACCAAGUUCCUGAGUGCGGCCACUGACAGGACCAGCUGGGAGGAGCGUGGCCAGCAGCUGUACAAUGUGGAGGCCACGUCCUAUGCCCUUCUGGCCCUCCUGCAACUAAAAGAUUUUGACACAGUCCCUGGCGUGGUUCAGUGGCUCAAUGAGCAAAGAUACUAUGGAGGUGGUUAUGGGUCCACACAGGCUACCUUCAUGGUGUUCCAGGCUCUGGCCCAGUACCAGCAGGAUAUACCGGAUCAUCAAGAGCUAAACCUGGAUAUUUCUGUCCAUCUGCCCAGUAGGAGCUCAGCCCUCAACUACCGCAUUAGUUAUGAAUCUGCCAGCUUGUUGAGGUCAGCUGAGACCAAGAUAAAUGAAGACUUUACUGUAAAGGUCAAAGGAAAAGGACAAGGCACGCUGUCGGUCGUGACCGUGUAUAACGCCAAGGUAAAAGACAGUGCCACGUGCAAGAUGUUUCACCUGAGGGUGUCCACUGAGCCAGUCCCAGAAAAUGUCAGGACACCCCAGGAUGCCAAGAGCAGCCUGUACCUUGAAGUCUGUGCUAGGUAUCGGGGAGAAACGGAUGCUACAAUGUCAAUUCUGGAUAUCUCCAUGAUGACUGGCUUCUCCCCAGACAUAGAAGAUCUCAAUUUGCUGAGUAAGGGCAAGGAGAGAUACAUCUCCAAAUAUGAAUUGGGCCAAGCUGUGUCUGAGAAGAACACUCUUAUAAUUUACCUGGACAAGAUUUCCAACAAGGAAGAGGAGUGCUUAAAAUUCAAGAUCCACAAAUACUUUGAAGUGGGACUUGUCCAGCCUGGGGCCGUCAAGGUUUACUCCUACUACAACUUGGAGGAAAGUUGUACCAAGUUCUACCAUACAACCAAAGAAGAUGGCUUGCUCAACAAGAUCUGCCACAAAGAUGUGUGCCGUUGUGCUGAGGAGAACUGCUUCCUACAUAGGGAGGAGAAGUUGGCAAGACAACAGAGAAUUGAGGAAGCUUGUGAGCCUGGAGUGGACUAUGUAUACAAGGUGAAGGUAGAAAAGAUCCAACAGUCUGACAGCUACGAUGAAUACCAGAUGCUCAUCAAAGAUGUCAUUAAAUCUGGCUCAGAUGAGAAUCCUCGAGGCAAGAUUCGCACAUUCAUCAGCCAUGUGAAGUGCCGGGAUUCCCUCUUGCUCAAGGAGGGCAAGGAUUACUUGAUCUGGGGCAUCUCCUCUGACCUGUGGAAAAUGAACUCAGAGCUUAAUUACAUCAUUGGCAAGGACACUUGGGUAGAGCUGUGGCCACAGGAAGAUGAAUGUCAGGAUGAAGAGAAUCAGAAACUGUGUGAGGAUUUGGAGCUCUUUUCUGAGGGCAUGAUCUCCUUUGGCUGCCCCAACUAACCUGGCUACAACCUGACCUCAUGUAUGGACCCAAAUGAUGACCCGACUGCAGCCAGAUCCCAUCUUAUUUCUAAAUAAAGACUGUUUUUCAAGAA